AUGGAUGAAAUAGAGAGAAUACUCAGCCAUAAAGGAAACAGCCACAGGGUUCUGAAUCUUCCAAAGGAGUGCACAAAGGAGGAUAUAAGAAAGAGCUACAAAAAGCUUGCAGUCAAAGUGCAUCCUGACAGAAAUUCUCACUCAAAUGCUUCAGAGGCAUUUAUUAUUCUUCAAAAGGCAUAUGAGGACUUAAUAGAGGACAGGCCUAGGUUUGCAGAAAGUCACACAUAUAGAAGCCAUCAUAAUGUACACACACAUAAUGAUAUAGAAGAAAUAAUAAAGUGGUACACGUCAAUGGGAGCACAACGAUACGGCUUCGCGUACCAGUCAUUUAAUGCAGGCCCGUACUUUAGAGAGGCACAGUAUAGAAGAACCCAUCCUCAGCCAAUAGAACUAUCCAAUCGCAUAGCAAUUACGAUACUAAUAAUGCUAUUUGUAUACAGUCUUUUAAGGUAA